CUAACACAUCCUUAUUCUAUUUCCAAAGCCAUCAAUCUUAAUUUCUUUUGGUGACUCACCGACACGUACGUCUCUAGAAUCAUCACUCCUUGCUACUUCGUGUUAUAUUUAUAGGGACCUCGAUCAGCUCUGUUCUGAGGAUAGAGAUAGAAACUCAAAGCUGACGCUUUUGCUGGCUAGCUAGCGGUAUAUGGAGUCUCUGGAUUCUCGUGAUGAUAUAGAGAAGCCACUGCUCCACGGCGAUGAAUCGCCGCCGGUGCUGCUGACCAAGAAGAGCACUCAUGCUAGAGAUGUGCAUAUUCUGAGCUUUUCUUUCUUGCUGAUAUUUCUUGCUUUUGGUGCCGCCCAGAAUCUGGAGAGCACUGUCGACACUGACAAGGGUUUGGGGACAACAUCACUUGGGAUUGUGUACUCGUCUUUUGCACUCUUUUCUUUGGUGGCGUCUCCGGUGGUUCGAGCUCUUGGAUCAAAGACUGCUUUGCUGCUUGGGACUAGUGGCUACUGGUUGUUCAUAGCUGUACAUUUGAUCAAACAAACUUGGUAUAUUAUGUAUCCAAUUUCUUUGUACCUUGGAUUUGCCUCCUCAAUAAUAUGGGUUGAGCAGGGGACAUAUCUAACUUCUGCCGCACGUCGUCAUGCAAGAGACAAUAACUUACAUGAAGGAAAAACUAUUGGCAACUUCAACGGAGAAUUCUGGAUGAUGUUUGCUUGUCGCCAGUUCUUUGGAAAUCUUUUGUCACUUGCAAUCCUAAGAGAUGGAAGCGAGGGAACUCCUGGUCAAACAAAGUUCUUGUACACCGUGUUUCUCUGCAGUAUGACCUUAGGGAUCAUACUGAUGUGCUUCUUAAAUAGCAAGGAUACUGUAGAAAAGGAAUAUCAGGAUUCUUCUCGCAGCUUCUCUGCUUCUCUUAUAUCUUUCUUAAAGUCUGCCAUCGCUCCCUUAUUUGAUGUACGAAUGCUAUUUAUCAUCCCCCUUAUGGCAUAUACAGGGUUACAACAAGCAUUUGUAUGGGCCGAAUUCACCAAGUAUGUCGUUACUCCAUCGCUCGGUAUGUCUGGUGUGGGUGGUGCGAUGGCUGUUUAUGGCUUUUUUGAUGCAAUAUGUUCACUUGUUGCUGGUCGACUAACUUCUGGUCUCAAGACCAUCAGUCUUUUAGUUUCUGGUGGAGCUCUCCUUCAGGCUGUUGUAUUCGUCUGGCUUCUUCUUAAGUUCAGCCAAGCAAGCGGACUACUUAGCAUUGUUGCAAUGGCAGCUCUAUUGGGAAUUGGUGAUGGAGUCUUUAACACACAGAUCAGUGCUUUGCUAGGAAUGUUCUUCAAGCGUGAUACCGAAGGAGCCUUUGCACAGCUCAAGGUGUGGCAGAGCGGUGCUAUUGCAGUCAUCUUCUUCAUAAGUCCUUGCAUUUCAUUAGAGACAAUGGUGGUGGUUAUGCUUACGGCAGUUUUGAUCGCAUAUGGCGCUUUUGUGUAUCUAUUUCUUCACGGAGAGGAAGCAGUCUCAUCUUCAAGGUUGUGAGUUGUGCGCGUGAAAACGUCAGUCUUCCUAGAAGAACUCUCAUGUCAGAGAUGUUGCUACUUACUAGAGCCAAGAGGAUGUUACUGUAGCACAAAUUUUGAAUUCAUCCAAUGUCUUAAGCUAAAUGCCAAACCGUGUGAAUGCAAGAGGAUACUGUAUUUAGAUUGAUGGAAGAUUCAUUUCUGAUCUCAAAACCUCUGUACUUGUCCAUCACCUAGAAAUUACAUCGAAACCCUAGAAUGCUUAUGAACUGUAUCAAGUAUUAACAUUACAUUUAAGCAUUUAGUGAAACAAGUUCAUAUAUGUGGAGGUCAUCUACCACCUCUAGU